CAUACAAAUGGUUACAUAACAAGUCGUACUUUGUCAUUAGUAAAAUAUUACUUUUUGUGCUUAAAGUCAAGAACAUUCAAACGUUAUCUAUGUCAAUGACAUGUAGAUGUUUUACUAACUAAAACAUAAAGUGUCUUUCUACGUUUCUAAAUAUUCAAAGUACUUGUUUUUACAUUGCUCGCAGUACUGAGUAUACGUCUCUAUAUAUUUCUCUGAAAAUGACGAACUUACCAAGAGUUCGACAGCUGAUUCAUACGCAUGUAAGGUAUUUUUCUUUGAAGAAGACGCAUGGCAAUCGAGGUUGACUAAAGGGAGAACAAAUAAUGUUCAGUCAGCAUUAUGUCGAUAUGGAGAAGGUGAAUGCUUCAAUGGGCAUAAAAACUGGGGACAAAAUCCUAACGAUCGCUGCAAAUGGAGCUCACGCACUGUCUAAACUGCUUGCUGACCCCGAAGAAGUCAUCGCAUUAGAUGCCAGCGCACCUCAACUUCAUAUGGCAAAGCUACAAGCAUCAGCUAUGAAGCUCCUAUCCAGAGAACAAUUUUGCACGCUGAUAGGCAUCGACAGAAUGCGUAUUCCUUCAGAAGAAAGAAUAAAAAUGUAUCGGAAUAUCAGAUCUUCACUGGAAUCUGAAACAAUGGUAUAUUGGGAUGCGUUUAUUAAGGAUAUUGGUUUGCUUAAAGAUAUUCGAUCCAUGAUAAAACAACGAUCCAAGAGUUUCUAG